AUGGCCGCCGUUCCUCCUUUCUUCACUGUACACGACGGCAUGGUCAUCUGUGGCAUUGACAAUGUCACCCUCUUCCAAGGACGCACACAAGCCGAGAGAAUUGCUUACAAAAUAUUCUCGGACGAUUUUACCACAACGAUGGACAGCACCAUUGACAAACUAGACGAAGAGUUCAAGGCCCUUGCAGGAUUGACGAUUGCGCAAGGACAGAUACGCUUAAUGCCAGCUAUCAAAAAGAACAUCCGCGCAUUCAUCCAAUGGUGCAGAGACGAGAUUCGCAUGGGACGAGACCCUACCACAACGCCAUUCCCCGUCAUUGAUGCAGCCAAACUGCUCAGACGCAUGAAAACACACGAACAAUACGUGUAUGGCUCCAAGUUGAUGUCGCAACAAGCACUACCACAAGAUUUCACCAACGAUGUCCAAUGGGAAGAUUGGUGCCCAACGUUCAAAAAUUACCUUUGCACCAUACCAGGAAGAGACGGUGUGCCACUAAGCUACAUUGUGAGAAUGAACGAUACAGGAAUGCUCACCCUGCACAAAGAUUUCUUGGAAACCUACAUCAACAUGGCACCACACAUUGGCAAAGCAUACGUCAUGGAUAACGCCAAAGUCCUAGUCCUUCUCAGCAAGCUUAUUGUGGGCAAUACCGAAGCUGAAGCGACUCUCCAAGCCAUCAACAUUGCAGGCAAUGGAAGAGAAGCAUUCAACGCACUACGUACCCACUACGAAGGCAAAGGAAUACUAGCCAGCGACAUUGUCAAAGCCGAACACACCAUCAAAGAACUGUGUUACGUUGGCGAAAAACCAAAAAUGAACUGGUCCAUGUUUGAACAAAUGUUAAAGAAAGCGUAUGCAACAUGUGACAAACAUGAGGGGAGAGAAGUCCAUUCAGACGCAAUGAAACUGCUGAGAGAAAAGUUUCCCCAGGGAACCAGCAAUGCAACCGAUAGGGGACGAUACUUGGGCGAAACUAGGACUGACAACAAUCGCAACAGAAGCAGAAGCCAAAACGAUGGAGGAGGCAACAAACGUCGCGACAAAGAAGAAAUUACUCUGAGUAAUGGAGAGAAGAUCUGGUACCAUCCUAGCUACCGUUUCUCUUGGACACACCUACAAGCAUUUACCAAAAAGCAACGCAAGCGUAUGGCGAAGGAAAGAGCCGCAUACCGAGAAAGUCAAGGAUUGCCAGCAAGAAGGGCAACGGGACAAGCCGCACAAGCGCAACAAGAGGAAACGCAGCUGGCGGAAUUGCGAGCCAAAGUAGCAUCGAUUAGAUCCAACAACGUACCUGCUACAAUUUCAGCCAAAGCAGCCACGCAAAUAUCACAAGUGCCUGUGACAACGACUGGAACUACAGCAAUGGGCGGACGCAACCAACAGGCAAACAACCAACAGGCAAGCGGUAGAACCUGA